AUGUCCGAGUUCAGUCCCCCUCGCUCCUUCCCUUCCCCCUCCCUCACUGUUUCUGUGCAAGAAAAAAGAUCGAUCGAGACGAGAGCGGCCGAGAGAUCUGCCGCCGCGCCGCUACCAGUACCAACAUAUGGAAGAGGAAGGACACCCAUCUUCGCCGCCACCGUCGUCUUCUCUAGUGGAUCCCGGCGAGAGGAUGCCGGCCGGCCUGACGCGGGAAGAGUACGACGAAUUGAAGGAGACAAUCGAGGGGUACCACAGGUACGACGCAGCCCCUGGGCAAUGCUCUUCCCUCAUCGCACAGCGUAUACACGCCCCGGCGGAUACGGUCUGGUCUGUUGUCCGUAGAUUCGACCGGCCUCAGGCGUACAAGCACUUCAUCAAGAGCUGCCGCAUCGUGGAUCACGCUGGUGGGGAGCCUCCCGUCUUCAACGUCGGGUGCCUCAGGGAGGUCACCGUCAUAUCGGGUCUGCCGGCGAACACCAGCACCGAGAAGCUCGACCUGCUCGACGAGGACCGGCGGGUCGCGGGGUUCAGCAUCAUCGGCGGCGAGCACCGGCUGCGGAACUACCGGUCCGUGACGACGGUGAACGAGGUGGCGGGCAAGGGAGGGGAGAUCGUGACCGUCGCUCUGGAAUCGUACGUCGUGGACGUGCCCGAGGGAAACACGGAGGAGGAUACGCGCUUGUUCGCGGACACGGUCGUCCGCCUGAACCUCCAGCAGCUAGCCUCCGUCUCUCAGGCCAUGGCCAAGCCACGGAAGCAAGAACAUCCAUGAACGGAAUUUUCCCCUCUUUCUUUAAUUGGUUCAAUCUUGGGACCAAAAGAAAUUAAAGAAAGACUGUGGAUCGAGCUUCCUCUUGGUCAUUAUCGAUUCGAGACGAAGUUCUGUGCUGUGUUGGCGUGUGAUGAGAUUGCCUCUUCUUGAUUUGGGGUGUGGGGGAGGAUGUCUUUUAUCUUUUUCAAAUGGUCUUUUUUCUUCUGUUCUUCGGGUUUUUUCCGAUAAUGAAUGCGCAAUAUAAUUGGACUUGCCUUCGUUUUGGGAUUCUCCAA